AUGAACAAAGACCUUAUGGAAAAGUACCAUAAGCGAUCUCGUCAAGAAAAUUACAAGGUGGUAAAGUCCCUCAAAGCAAGCAAAAUCAAAGAUGGAGAGUUAGUUAGCAGCCACGUGCAAAGGAUGCAACGAUACGUGGAUCGCCUUGUUAGGCUAAAUGUGCAUUUUGAUGAGGAGUUGGAUAUUGACAUAGUUUUGAACUCCUUACCUAGUUGUUAUGAUCAGUUCAUCUUGACCUAUCAUUUGAACAACAAUGAAACCACUUUGUCUCAAUUUCACAACCUCCUGCGAAUAGCUGAAGCAGGGAUGAAGGGAAAGAGUAUUUCCUCCACUCCUGCUAGUGCUCCCGUUCUGGCUAUUGGUCAAGGGAAUGGGAAGAAGAGGAAAGGUCCUCCAAAACAGAACUGUAAGGGAAAGUCUCAAGAUGGGUCGUCAAAAAAUGGACCCAAAGGGGCUAAGAAGAAGUGA